GACAAGAGGGUUUAGUUUUUAUAAAUGGUAAUUAUUCUACACGCGCGCGUCUCGUGGGUUCCGCCAGUAUAAAUGCGCGAGGACAAGGGGCGAGGACACAAGCACGGAGUUUCUCUGUCACUCCUCUCACUCCGAUCUGUACGACUGGCACUUCAGGAGUUUGUUCCGGGCGUGAAUAUGCAACAAGAAACCAGAAAACCUCAGCGGAUUUCUUCUUUUUCCAUCGCAGACAUCCUGGAUCCGUCCAAAUUCACAGGGAGGCAUCAGGAUGCGCAAAGCAAUAAACUUUCCGAUUACAGAAACAAGAGAAGUUGCGAUGAAUUAUCCAGUGAUGAAAGUGCUGAGGGCUCAGAUGAAGUUUCAGCAGCCACAGAAGCGAAAGAAAGCCCUCGCAUUGGUGGUAAAGCUAAAAUCAAGGGUCGGCGCAUGCGCACAGCGUUCACUAUGGACCAGCUUCACGUGCUCGAGCGCAGCUUCCAGAGCAGCCACUAUCUGUCAGUGUUCGAGCGCCAUGUCAUCGCCAAGGCUCUGGAGCUGUCCGAGACGCAGGUUAAGAUCUGGUUUCAGAACAGACGCACCAAGUGGAAGAAGGAGCAAGAGGGUCGGGAGCUGGAGGAGCUGUACCAGUGUGCCACGAUAGCGCCGGUGAUUGUACCGACCACUCUGAACCUCAGUAGCACCUCCUGUAACAGGUCGAGUCCGGUGAAUUUCUACUCGGCACGGAACCUUCUGAGCUCUUAUCCCGCACUUGCGUUGCUCUGAGGCCAGAAUUGACUCACAACCAUCUUUCCUUUUCAGCAACUCGUUGCAUGGAUUUUUUUUUUUUUUUGAAAGACUGAAGUGAAAUAAGUGGAAAUUUGUUCCAAUUUUAUUCGGAUUAUGUAUUCUGUUGUUCGCCGUGGUCUAGGAUAACCGGCAAAAACAAAAAACAUGGUGUGUAUUAUUAGCAGUUAGCUUUGAAACUAUGCUUGCUAAUAUUACACAAAUGGGAGCUAGUAAACACACAAUAUAGACAUGUAGUACAAUAGUCUUUAUGUAUUUAUUUAUUUUUUACACAUUUUUCAGGUCUCACUGAAACAAAACAGCUCCAUAACCCCUCAUACAUGACAACAACAUAAGACAAUAUGGCUGUAAUGUUCCCGAAAGCAUUUUGUUCAGGUAAUGUGGGACAACUGAUAAAAUUUGGACAAUUUGUUUUGCUCUGAAUUUCAAUUAUUUGACGUUGGACUUCCAACACUUAUCGUAAGUGUUAUGGCAACGAUUCAUCUACAAAUUUGACUGUUAGCAAAUGGUUCUUGACAACAAAAAAAAAAAACAAUCUUAAAAAAAUGAAUUU